AUGCAGUGCCUACUGUUGGCUUUGCUUUUUUUGCUUCCUUCUGUAGUAGUAUCGAGUAUGGAUACUAACAGAGCUCUUCACACCAAAGAUGAACCUCCUCUACCAGAUAUUCAUGGUCUAUCAAAAGAAAUGUUUAGACAAGAGCUGCAAAAACUCGAUCCUGACACGACGGUAAAACCGAAAACCUUGGAAGCGCGAAGGGUUUUGGCUUAUGUCAAAGAUGAUGAUGACCUCAAAUCAUUUGUGUUUGAGGCAUUGGAGAAAGCGAAGAAUAGAGAACUUACCGAGAAAGAAGCUGCUCUAGAAGUCGAUAAAUGGUUGUAUUGUUUACCGAAUGACAAACGAAACAUGAUGGAAACUAGAUAUCCUUCUCUGAAGGAGAAAAGUAAGCUCAGUGUACAUUCUUCUUGUAAGCUGUGCUUUCAUAUCCGUUCACAUGACUAA